AAGGCCAGCCGACGACUUGAAAUUAUCAUACCUUAUAUGUAACAAGGAAUAUAUUCAUUCAGAAGAUUAUUUCCAAUAAAUGAAACAAUAAUUAAUAAAUCUUCCAAAUCAUACAAUGGACUCACGCUUCUUCUUCUUCUGCUUUCUGCUUCUACUGCUCAAUUUGGAUUACACGGUGGUGUUGGUUAAUGGCAGCGGAGCAGGAGUAUUCAAAGUUAGUUACAAAUUCGCCGGUUCGGAGAGGACUCUUAGUGCUCUUAGAGCUCACGAUGUACGUCAUCUCAAUAUCCUCGCCGGCGUUGAUCUCCCUCUUGGCGGAACAGGCCGUCCCGACGCCGUUGGACUCUACUAUGCUAAAAUAGGUAUUGGAACACCCCCCAAGGAUUACUAUGUGCAAGUUGAUACAGGGAGUGACAUAACAUGGGUUAAUUGCAUCCAAUGCCACGAAUGCCCCAAAAGGGGCUACCAUGGCAUAGAACUCACCCUUUAUGAUCCAAAUGACUCUCUUACUGGGAAACUGGUAACAUGUGAUCGAGAAUUCUGCAAGGAGAUAUCGAGAAGCUCGUUUUCAGGUUGCAGUGCAAAUUCAUCUUGUUUGUACACUGAGGGUUAUGGUGACGGGAGCUAUAGCAUGGGCUAUUUUGUAGAAGACAUUGUCCAGUAUGAUCGAGUCUCUGGUGAUCUUCAAACCAAAUUGGCAAAUGGAAGUGUUAUUUUUGGAUGUGGUGCCAGAUCUAAGGAUCUAGGAUCAUCUGAUGAUGCGCUUGAUGGAAUACUUGGUUUUGGAAAAACAAAUUCAUCCAUGAUUUCACAGCUAGCAUCUUCUGGAAGAGUAAGAAAGAUGUUUGCACAUUGUUUAGAUGGCGUGAAUGGUGGAGGCAUCUUUGCCAUUGGGCAUGUUGUUCAACCACAAGUGAACACAACGCCACUGGUACCAAAUCAGCCCCAUUACAAUGUCAAUAUGACUGCAGUUCAAGUUGGUCUGGAUUAUCUGAAUCUUACAACAGAUAUAUAUACGGCCGGGGACAAUAAUGGGGCAAUAAUUGAUAGUGGUACCACCUUGGCAUAUCUUCCUGAGGUGAUUUAUGUACCAUUAGUGAAAAAGAUACUCUCCUGGCAGAUGGAUUUGAAACUGCGAACUCUUCAUGACAUAUACACUUGCUUUGAUUAUUCAGGAAGCGUUGAUGAUGCGUUUCCUCCUGUCACUUUUCAUUUUGAAAACUCGCUUCAUCUGAAGGUUUAUCCUGGCGAAUAUCUGUUCCCUUUUGAAGACUUGAUGUGUCUUGGUUUUCAAAAUAGCGGAAUGCAAUCCCAGGAUAAACAGAACAUUACUCUUUUAGGAGAUUUGGUUCUUUCAAAUAAGCUGGUCCUCUAUGAUCUUGUAAACCAAACUAUUGGAUGGACUGAAUAUAACUGCUCGUCAAGUAUUAAGGUGAAGGACGAACUUACUGGGUCAGUACAUCUAGUCGGUGCUCACUCUCUAUCCCGAGGUUGCAUUCUCAAUGUCCCAAUGGUUCUGUUCUCUUUGCUGCUAAUGGCUUUACUGCACGGUUUUUUAACCGAACUGCUAUAGCUAUUGUGAAUAUCACAGAACAAAAUACUUGAAGAUAGAAAACGUUGGAGUUGAAGAAAACUCAUAAUCGAAACAAAUGGCUGCUUAAAAUUGUGCAUCAUUUAACAAUAGGAAGAGAUAGGAAUUUAACAAUAACAUCAUAAAUUUUUUCAGUUUGAGCAAUCUAAAAUACAAUGUCCAUUUUUGUAAACAUAGGACUGCAUGAUGUAAAUAAUCCAGUGUACAUAUAUUACAUGUUUGGUAUGAACUAUUAUUCUACCGUAAUGGAUGAUAUAAGUGGCCAAAAUUUAGCUCU